UUCGGGACCAAUUUAAACGGAAAGCGAGCGCUUCCUGUUUGUCUUCUCCGACGCACAUGAGUAAAAUAGGAUUGAGAAAAGACAUUCAAAGCUUAAACAUUUGGUCCUUUCAGUCAUUCUAGCAACAGAACGACAUCAUAUAGCUUUAGGAAGCUGCUGGUUUAAAGAUACGUCAAAGCCAAACCAAUUCCGACACUAACGUUAAGUUCGGUAACUUGUAUCGUUAGUGUUUGUGGGCAAAAACAAAAUGCCGUCCCGUGUUGAAGACUACGAGGUGUUGUACACCAUAGGCUCCGGCUCCUAUGGAAGAUGCCAGAAAAUAAGACGGAAAAGUGAUGGAAAAAUUCUUGUUUGGAAGGAGCUGGACUAUGGCACCAUGGCAGAGAGUGAGAAACAGAUGCUGGUAUCUGAGGUGAACCUCCUGAGGGAGCUCAAGCAUCCAAACAUAGUGAGGUACUAUGACCGCAUCAUCGAUCGCCAUAACACCACGCUCUACAUUGUCAUGGAGUAUUGUGAAGGCGGGGAUCUAGCUAGUCUCAUCAGCCGUUGCAUCAAAGAAAGGCGUUAUUUAGAGGAGCUGUUCAUCCUACGAGUCAUGGCACAGCUCACUUUAGCCCUGAAAGAGUGUCACAGGAGGAGCGACGGCAGGGCCACGGUUCUUCAUCGAGACCUGAAACCAGCCAAUAUCUUUCUUGACGUCAGACAGAACGUCAAGCUUGGCGACUUUGGCCUCGCGAGGAUUCUGAACCACGAUACCAGCUUUGCAAAAACAUUUGUUGGGACUCCGUACUACAUGUCUCCAGAACAAAUAAACAGGAUGUCAUACAAUGAGAAGUCAGAUAUUUGGUCACUGGGAUGUUUGCUGUAUGAACUUUGCGCAUUAUCGCCUCCGUUCACUGCUUACAACCAGAAGGAGUUGGCAGAGAAGAUCAGAGAGGGGAAGUUCAGAAGAAUCCCAUAUCGGUACUCUGAAGAACUGAACACCUUACUCAGCAAAAUGCUCAACUUAAAGGACUACCUGAGGCCCUCUGUGGAGUCUAUUCUACAAAGCAGCUUGUUAAGUGAUGCGGUCACCGAGGAGCAGAGGAAGGCGCAGUUGCGACCCCGGAGGAAGUCUGCAGACUCAGAUAGUCCCCCCAACAAACCGUGUGAACCGGUGCCCGUCCCCGCUGCAGAGCUCAGACUCAGGGAGCAGGCACUGCGGGACAGAGAGCAGACCCUGAAAGAACGAGAGGAGAGACUUGAGAAAAGGGAGAAGGAGCUGUGUAUCCGGGAGCAACAGACAAGUGAAAAGCUUGCACGGGCUGAAAGUUUGCUGAGGAAUUACAGCCGGCUGCAGCAGCAGAGGGAUGUGGCGCUGCUGUAUGGCAAAGAUAUAGAUGUGGAGAACCUGUCCCCUGGCAAGAAGAAGGUCCACUUUGCCGGUGAAAGCAAUGAGAACCGGCAGCCCGACUGCCUUCAAGGUGCAACGUCUCAGGAGCUGAUGAGGAGGCGGCUGCAGGCUGCAAAUCUUCGUGCUCAAAAACUGAAUGAAGUGGAGAAGAUCUGUCAGUUCAAGAGCAGGCAGAUCCUCGGCCUCCGAUGAUCAUACAAACACAACUAUCUCACACAUAUAAAUGUAAAAGUUUGAGUAGUAAAAACUGGAUGUAAAUAGAGUUAUUUAUAGGAUGACAGAGUAGUUGUGACGUGUGAAUCAAAAUGAAUCUGUCUAGUUUAUUUUUGUGUAUGUUGUUGGUCAUAGUGCCAAAAUUUUACUUGGCUGUACAGUCUGUGUGGAUUUUCUUUAGUAUUGCAGGCAGCUAUUGUGAUUGUUGAUGUGCAUAUUCUUGCUGUUUAUCAGUUUCUUUCACAAAUUAUAUAUUAAAUAUAAAGGGGAGAUUUCCUGAAGAUUUGGACAUCUGAUGGUAAUGAAGACAAAACUAUAUCUCAUGAUUGUGAAUUUGAUUUUUAUACCAUAUAAAACUUUUCAUUUCACUUUUAAAAAUGUCCAUUUUGUAAGAUGUAUAAUCCAUGCCUUAAUUUAAAAAAAAGUAAUCAAAAAGCGGUUAUUUUAAGUUUGCAUUACAGACUUCAGGGAAGCUCUUUAAUCAAGAUUGAUGGUCCCCACAAGGGGUCAUCAGUUUCCUAUGAUCAGUAAGAUUAAAGGCAAUUGUAGUAAUGAUAGGACACCCAUCAAAGUCAUUUUUUCUCUUUAAAAGAAAUGCAGAUACAAUUAGAAGGGGACAUUUGUUAUAUUUUGUUUUAUGAAAGUUUGUAGUUGAUAAAAAGAUUUAUUGUUUAAUACGUUUAUAAUGUAAAGUCAUUAACAGAGCUCUGGCAAAUAAAACUAUUUAGUUUGA